AUGGACGGCCGAAACCGCGGCACCUGCCGGCUCAAGGGAGCAAUCAACGCGACGGAACUGGUCCCCGCCACUGGCACGUCGUGCGGUUACCGCGUAACCGACAAUGGCGUCACCGGCAACCCGUACAGGGGAGUUCAGCAGUACCUCAACCGCGAGUACGCGGAGAACGUGAAAUCCGCGAUGCUCGCGUCCCCCGCAGACGCGCCGUAUUUCGCGAGCGUGGCGCAGUAUCCGACGGCCGUGUGGCUCGACACGAUGAAGAAGGUCAACAACAUCCAAGGCCACCUCGAUGACGCAGCGGCUCAGGCGGGUGGAAAGUCAAUUCUCGUGCAAUUCGUGAUCUACGAUCUCCCGGGCCGCGACUGCAGCGCGUGGUCGUCUAAUGGGGAUAUUCCAAAGGGCGGCCUCGACACGUACAAGGCCAAGUACAUCGACGCCGCCGUGUCGCGCCUUAGAAAGAAGGCGGCGAACGUGCGUCUGUCGCUCGUGAUCGAGCCCGACUCGCUGCCCAACAUUGCGAUUAACUUGGGAAGGAAUCGGUGCGACGCGACGACGGAGCAGGAAUAUACGGAGGGCGUCGCGUACGCGAUCGCGUCGUUCUCGCAGAUCCCCGACACCACGCUCUAUCUCGACUCGGGGUCCGGCGGCUGGCUCGGCUGGCCGGAUAACAUGAAGCGCGUGGUGGCGGUGUACAAGAAAGUCCUCGCGCGCGCGCGGCAGAUCAGCGCAGGCGCCAAGAUCCGCGGCUUCGCGUCCAACGUGGCCAACUACAACCCGCUCUUCGCCUACCGCUGCCCGGCAUCGGAGAAAUGCCCGCUCGUGAAGAACCCGAGCACGGGAGAAAUCAACUACGACUCGAACCCUUGUAUCGACGAGAACCGGUUCACGUCGCGGAUGAAUGCGUACCUGGGAGCCUUGGGAUUGCCGACCAGGUGGAUCGUUGACACCAGCCGGUCCGGCCGCGGUGGCAUUCGGAAGCGCUGGGGUUCGUGGUGCAACGUGAAGGGCGCGGGGAUCGGACAGCGCCCCCGCGCGAAUCCCGGUAGUGCUCCGCAAGAUGGCGACGUGCCAGCUGUCAAGCGCGCGACGUACCAGCAGAGGAGGGCGGACGAUGCCGCCACGUCACACCCCCACUGGCGCCGCGCGGGCCGAGGCACUGCCACUGCCGCCGGUUCCGCUAGAGCCAUUGCCACAGGUUCAGCGGAGGCCACUGGUGCAGACUCGGGCGCACAACCUACUCACAAGCCCCCCCGCGCCCCUGAGGGCGCGCUGAAGAGGCGGAGGGGAACGGAGUUUGGGCGCAUGGUGGCGGACGCGAAGGCGUUAGGGGCAGCAUGGGGCGUGCCGUGCAUUGACAGUCCCGAGGAGGCAGAGGCACAGUGCGCACUGCUCAAUGCAUCUGGCGUCUGUGAUGUGGUGUGUACGGGAGACUCGGACGCGUUUCUGUUUGGAGCCAAGGCUGUGGUUCGUGAUAUCUGCCUGCACAAAGGUGCCAACUGGGCUGUGCUCUACACUGCAGCGGACAUCACAGCUUCGCUCAGCCUCGGCCGAAACUCACUCAUCGCCAUGGGGCUUUUUCUUGGCUCAGACUACUCACAGGGCGUCUCUGCUGCUCCCACACUCCGUGCCAGGCAAGGAGCGGUGCAGAGGGUGGCAGCACUGGGUGAAGAUGGCGUGCUAGCAGCGAUCAGAGAAAGAGGCCUGGCUGCCAUUUCUGCCCCCAGAGCUCGCAAAAGAGUGGGACCCGGCACAGGGGCGCAAGGGAAGAAGGGACAGCAGAGGAGGACGGGAGUUAGGGUUGGGGAAGGGAGAGGCAGGGGAGGUGUAAUGGGAUUGAGUGAGAGCGGUAUGAGUGGUUGUGUUGGUGUUGGUACAGGGAGUAUCAGUGGGGCAGAGGGGAAUCCGUCAGCAGGAGAAGGAGGGCAUGCGCAAGGGGCGAGGGAGGUGGAGGAGGAGGGGGAAGAGCAGGCGAGGGAGGAUGGUGCGAGGGUGAUAGAGGCGUUUCUGAAUCCUCCGUGUCACGACGCUGCAUCGGAUGCUGUCAAAAGUGCGUUACAGAAGCACUGCAGCCCUUCAUAUGCUGACAUCGUCGCCUUCUGUGACAGGCACAUGGCAUGGCCUGCUGACGUCACAGCACGGUACAUUGGGUCAAAGCUAGCAGAACGAGACCUCAGGCGCUUGCUGCUGGUGCGGCAGGCAGCAGAGAUCUGUGUGACACCAGGGAAGGAAGCUUCCAGGAAAGCGGAUGAAGUGGGGGGGAUGCUGGAUGGAGUGACGUACAGGGUGGGCGGCAUAGUGAAGGAGCGGUGGGUGGCUGGGCAUAGAAUGUUUGAGGUUUCAUGGACUGGGCAGCCUGAAGUUGAAAACUCGGUUGUUCGGGCAGAACUGCUCACGAGGUAA